GAUCAAUAAGACUCGGGAACCAAUUUUUUGAAUUCUAAAGUUCAACCCCACUAGGACCUCUUUGAAAAACUGAAAUACAUUAAAAAAGAGCAUUUUUUGUUUUUUAUUUCUCUCGUUUUUCCACUUCCUUCAAUUGUUACAUAGUUCGAAGUUCUAAUUGCUAUUCUUUUUAGUGGCAUGAUUGCUCAAUUGAUUUGAGUUUUGUAUUAGGGGAGGGCUGGGCUAUAAUGAGAACGAAUAUUAAACACUUCAUAAUUUCAGUUAAUGAUUUAUAAGUAGCACACCCUCAUGAUGCCUCCAUCUCUAAUACGAAUGCCCAGGGCCAAUACCCACGAAGAACCUAUUCUGUAUUCGGAAAGUUGCCCACUCAAGGUACUGCCUAUGAAAACCCGCUUGGAAAAACUGGAUUAUGAUUUAGAUCCAGACAAAUGUGAAAGAAUUGUCAGUUCUAACGAGGACAGUGGUUGCGGUUCCUCUGCAGUAGUCCAGAGGGUAGUCCUGCCAAUCAGUGAAGUCGUAUUUAACAAGGCCUUUAUUGGAUCCGCUUGCUUCGGAGAGUUUGAUGUCGCAGAAUCUGAAAAGGUGACAGUAGCAGUCAAAAUUGUUCCUGCAGCUGAAACAGCGGGAGUGCUACGGGAGUUUGAAGUGCUUUCAGUCGCUAGAGAGUGUAAAUACAUCGUCAAACUACUUGGCUGCGUUGGCGCAUCAUCUGUUUAUUUCUUCAUGGAGUACAUGCUUACCAACUGCAACGAUUAUUACAAAAACUUAUCGAAAAUUGGCACCCCCAUAUCAGAGGAAGAAGUCAGGUGUAUUGCAUUUUCUGUAACAAGUGCCCUGCAGUUCCUGCAAGAGAAAAAUGAAAUAAUGCACAGAGAUGUGAAACCUGCGAAUAUUUUGUUGCACAGCAACGGGUCAGUCAAGUUGAGUGACUUCGGCAUCAGUCGAGUUCUGGACAAGGGUUGCUCUAAUUACACCGAAAUAGCCACCAAAUCUUACUUGCCUCCAGAAAGAUGUAGAUUGUUUUACGAGAUGCAAAAUCAAGAGGUUCCCGAAGUGUUGGUAUACGAGUACUCUUCAGAUGUGUGGUGCCUAGGAGUAACAUUGAUUGAGGUUGCUCAAAUGUUUCACCCCUACUACAUCGAAGAUGAAAACUCGAUCGAAAACCAGACUGAUUGGAACCGCCAAUUGUAUAUAAGACUCAGUGAAAAGGGUCCAGUGCUAAAUGGAGACCAAUGGACAAAGGACUUCAGGGAUUUUGUACGGGAUUGCGUCAGACCUUUGCCUUCCGACAGGCCUUCAUAUGAAUCGUUAUUAUUAAAUUACAAUUUCCUUAAUGUAGCUCAGAGACCACUAGAUGGGAAACAAAUAUCAAGAAAUAUUGUUCAAAUUCAGCAAAGCAGGAGCAGACGGCUGAAUAAUCUUCCUGCUUAACUUCUAUUCUUAACGUACUAUUAGCUUCGAUUUUAUUGUAGCAUAAUUUAUUUUACAUUUAUUUGUAGCCACAAGCUACAUAUCAAAACCUCUAUCAUAAAGUUUGAUACUGACCCAAUGUAAAUUAAGGUGUUUAGAAACCUGUUUUUUUGCACUGAAAUCUUCUGCAUUUAAUUUGUGGGGGUUAGAUAUUAAAAGGGUCUAUGUUGAGUUUUAUCGGAAAAAGUUAUUUUUUUUUGUCGUGGGUGAGUGAGUUCAAAAUUACCAGUGCGUCCCGCAAUUUCUGGCCCAUUCUGACGAAAAACAUGCCAAAAACUAAGCAUAAACUUGUAUUGAAGAUUUAUUGCAGAAUCCAUUUUUUUGGAUUGAAAAUUGUUUUUUUAAGCUUCCAAAAACAGCAUAUUUUAUUCAUCUUGAGCAUUAAUUCGUUGCGAUAAAAAAAUUUAGUGGGGAU